GCGCGCACACACACACACACACACACACACAGCAUUUCAAAACCUAAUGGCGCCAACGAAGGAUGCAGGUUUGAUUUAAAACGCAUAUUAUUUUUGCCGCAUGGAUACAAUGGUUAAUUAUUGUUUCUCCAGAAGUGAACAGUCGUAGUUAAUCAGAGUAAAAGGCAUCAGCUUGUAAAAGUUGUUUGAACUUGCAGAAGCUGAGCGCACACUCGAGACUUUUCCCACAGAGGUUUGAGCGCAUGGAGCGCGCGCUCAUGAACCGAAUGGAUUCGGAGCGUUGGCUUCUUCGCUUCUGGUGAAACGGUGUCUUUUUUUUUUUUUUUUUUUUUUUUUAAACGAACCCCACCUCCUCUUUCACCGCCGCUGGAUUUCUCUGUUUUCGUUCGGAGAGGCCGUUCAAAUGCUGGAAUGGAUCGGCGUUGUUUGUGUCCUCCUCUUGGUGGCCACGGUCUGGCCAGUGCUCACGCAUUUGGGAGCGUUUUUAAGGGGGCCUGAAAUCGCACGAGGAGAGAGGAGCGCAUCGGAGCCUGCAACCGGGACAGAGACUAUUAAAGCGCACGAGCCGGCAGGUGAAUCAUCAGCCCCUGUCGCGUUCAUCUGCAAACCCUCGGCACUCGCCAAAUAUCUGCUUAAACACUGCUCGAGCUUCUGUAAAUACGUACCGUGCCCGGCGUGGCACUGGCGUGCGAGUCCGUGCUUGCAGACAGUUUUGGGUGCUCUCUGGCCGCACGACUGCGCCGUGCAUUUCAUCCGAGAUUAUUUACAGCUGAGUGACGACGGCCUGGUAGCUCUAGAUUGGGCUGUUGUUGGUCCAAAGAGGAGGAGGACUUCAAGCAAUUCCUCUAGUCCCAUUCUUCUGAUCAUUCCUAACUCUUUCGGAAAGCUCACCAGGAACGUAUUACAGCUCUGUGAGGCAGCUCUGAAUCAUGGCUACCUCCCAGUGGUGUUCAACCGGCGCAGUCAGAAUGGUACGCCACUCAGCACCAUCAAACUACAAGAGUUUGGUGACCCAGCUGAUCUGCGUGAGGCGGUACGUUACAUCCGCUACCGCCAGCCUACAGGCCGUGUCUAUGCAGUGAGUGAGAGCACUGGCUCAGGCCUUCUCCUAUCUUACCUGGGAGAGUGUGGCUCCUCCAGCUACAUGACUGCUGCUGCCUGCCUGUCGCCCAUCUUCCGCUGUCAGAGCUGGUUUGAGAGCGGUCCUGGCUGGCCCUUCCACUGGGUCCUCCUGCUUUAUCAGAAGGUCUGCCUUAGCAGGUACAGAACAGUGCUGGGGGAGCUGAUCCAUAUCGACAGCCUGUUCUCUAGCCACUCACUCAGGGCCAUGGAAGAGGCACUGUUCUGUCAAUCCGGUCUGAAGGAGGCGCCAGCUGAAGGAGCCUGGGAGGCAUACUGGGAACGCAAUGACGCAUUGAGGGACGUGGACGAGGUGGCAAUCCCUGUGCUGUGCGUGUGCAGCCGUGACGAUCCGAUCCGUGGUGAAACUCGGGCCACGCUACCCCUAGAGCUGUUUGAGAGCAACCCUCACUUCUUCCUGCUGUUGACAGAAAGUGGAGGCCACUGUGGCUUCUCCACUGCCAAUGAAGGCUCUGUGCUCUGGAGCCAUGAAGCUGUUCUUGAGUUCUUCAGGGGAACCAGCGACUUCUUUGCAGCUGAAGAGCGGGCCAAGGUGUCCGCCAGGCAUCGUGGUGUGAACCUCGGUGCCAAGGCUUUCCGCCAUCGCAGUGUGAGCAGCUACAAAAGGUUACCAGUCUGCUCACAUGACAUCCACACCAUCUACAACUGGCAGAGGUCUUACACCAGAUGAUGAUUACUGACACAGCAUGGAGGAGUUUUUUUUUCUUUUUUCCAAAAGAAGUAAAUAUAUCAGAACAUACGAGGUAUAUGUCAGAUAUCUACAUACAUAAGACCGUACACGUUGAGAAAAAAAGCUAAUGAAGUAGUCAUGUAACAGAACUGAGUUCCAUGAUUUACAUGGUGCUUCCUGUAUCUCAUUCCCUCAUCUAUUGCUUACAUUCAUCUGGACAGCGGCUGUCUGUCACUGAUCUCACUGCCAUUACAACAUCCUGCAUGUAAAAUGAUAAACACAGAAUUUUCCAUGAGGUAACGCUCUCAGUAUGUGCAGCUUCUGGAAGGUGGAGCAAUGAGCUGUAAUGUUAUCACAAGGCCAUUACAUUUGUGCUAUAAUUCUUUGAGCCUGCUGGGAUAUUUAUAAUUGCCUUGUUGUCUGACAUGUUACGUGUCGUUAAGUAGUUGUCGGAACUACUGGGGUUUUGUUGACCGCACUAAGGUUGCAGAGUUGUAGUGUUCUUCUUGCGUUUGUCACUCAAGAUGCCAAUCUUUUUCAAUUUUAAUCUAUAACACAAUGUUUAAAUUAUCUACAUGCUCCGUGAAAGAGGUUAAUUAAAAUCAUAUACUUGAGAUUUACUUUUUUUUAAUCAAAACUGUAUUGUAUGUGAAGGUUUGUACAGAUUUAUACAAUAAAAAAAUUCAUUGCAUCAGUUGAUGUGUUUUUCUAGCCACAAUUCACUUUGUUUAAAUCAGACCUUCCCCAAUAUACCGUAGAUCUAGGCUUCAGUCGUUCUCUGGUAAAUUUCAGUGACCUCUGUACCCAGCAGUUCCUCUUUUAGAUGCAUAUAAAUUACCUGUCAAGUCUGCUGCAUUUUUUUUUUUAGCUGGAUAUUUUAAAUUGCUAAGUUGUAAUAGCUUGUGAUAUAAUGGCUUACAGAAGAAGGACUUUGUUGGAAAUUGUAAUGUGCUCCCAGUGCCAUCUAGUGGAGAAUCAAACUGAUUGAAGAGGGUUGAUGGAAACAAAUGGAGCAUAGCAAAAGAGUGGACUGUCUAAUGUUGUUAAACUUAAUGAGAACUCGUUAGUUUUUGCUAGAAUUUUUUUCUUUUUUUCUUUAUUUCUAACAUUUUUUUUUUUACAACUGACUAUUCAACUUCAUUUAUAUCAUUGGUUUAUUCUGGCAUAGGAACAGGGAAGGCAAGAGGUAAGAGUAGAGGUUUGUGUAAUAUUGCAUGAAAUGUUUUUUUUUUUUUAAUUCAGGAUUCUAGAUUUUAUACAGUAUCUGACUUGCAGUGAAAUAAAAAUCAAACCGACUCCUACUUAGAGUAUGCAAAUCAAACUAAAUAUAAGAAAAUAAAUUACAUUUUAAAGAAUAAAUACUUUUUUUUUCAUCUCAGACAUACUGUGCCAUUAUUUUCCAAGUGCCAAGAACCUAUUCAGUUUUCAUUUGAUUUCAAUUGUUGUGGCUUGACAAGCUGUUGAUUCUUUAAAGCACCGUUUGAAAGGUGACAGGAUGAUGAUGAUCGACUGACUUAAAACUGUGAGUAAUGUAUUGUGUUGCUCUAGACUUUGGUCUGGUUUAACCUACAAAAUACUGCUAAAGAAAAUAAGAUAAAGAAAAAGUUGAGUCUACUUAUUUUUUCUUCUUUAUAGCUUUAUAGCAGUGACUGAGGCAUCACGAAUCUGAGAAGUGAAUGAGUUUGAGUUCAUAUUGAGUUAUUUAUUUGUGUGUAAUUCACUCUGGAAGAUGGCAUAUGCUUGUUAGAAAAAAAAAGAGAAAACUGUUGCUUGUUUCUUUACCCAUGAUAUUGUGACUGAAAAUGAAUUCUCAUUAAGUUUAAUGAUUUUUAUUUUAAAUAAAACCAAAAUUCUUUUAUA